AUGCAGGUGGAAGGCAGGAGGAAGCUCUAUUUCCCAGGUCUGGAUGGAAUCCAUCGCUCUGGCUAGCGUUCAAUCUCCAUCAUCAUCGUCGCAGUCGCCAUCUUCCUCUUCUUGCUGAAAAUGGGCUCUGCGUCCUUGGCCGAUGGGCAAGGCCCUGGGAGCCCCCAGGACCAUGGUGGUCUCCAUGUUUGCCACAGCUGCAGGUGGAGGUUCCCCAACAGCCACCCGAGCGCCAGGCAGCGGCGAGCACACCGGAGGCACUGUGGCAAGAUCGAUGGCUUCCCUCUGAUCCCCUCCCACCACGAAGACGGCGGUCGCAGCGACGGGGAGGAGAACGACGCCAAUGCCGGCGCCACCGCCGCUCCCCCUGAUCCUCACUCUGGGAAGAUUUCCGAGGUGGAUCUCGAUCGGAAGAAAUCUUUGAUUACUUCCGCCGGAUGUAAGCAUCAGAUUCACUGUACUUCUAUUAUGCUUCCCUCCCUCCCUCUCUCUCUCUCUCUCUCUCUCUCUCUCUCUCUUCACUGCUCCCCCACCGUCGCCGCCGCCCCCUCCCUGCGUCUGUUCCUUUGCCUUUGAAAAGUGAGACCGGAUUUUGUUUCUGCAAGUAGGUACUGUGGAAACCAGUUGUGAGACUGGAGAAGGGAGGAAGAGAUCAGGGCCCGUAGGCGUCUAUGGAGUUGAAGCUCUGGUUGAGAUCCUUUCGGGGAACCCUGUGGAUCCAUAUGCUGGUAAUAUCUCCCUCUCACUUAGAAGAGAAACUCUUCUGUGGCUUGUUGGUGCUGAACGCUAGAAGAUCGACGGAGAUCUUCCCUGGAAAUCAGUCGGGUCUAGGUCGCUUUUCUUAAGGUUUCUUGAAUGUGUUGGAUUGAUGCCUCGACUGUCAUUCUAUUAAUGCCAUUAGAUUCCCGCACCAGAUAGAUUAUCCUGCACCAUAGAAGUUCCUAUUUCCGCUCGAAUUCGCAUUCCAUUUCUGUUGCCCAUUGUACUGUGGAAUUAGUCUUCCAAAUCACUUCACUGAUCCGGACUUACAUUUAUUCGCAAUGUGUUAAGAUUCGUCUUCGUUCAUUGCAGAUAAGACCUUCGAGUUUCCUGAUGUUGCACAUGGAAAAGAAAUACGUGGAGUAGAUGUGGUAGAACAUAGUAAGAAGCUUGAUGAACCUCCUACCACAGGUACCCUUGCUUCAAAUGUUCAGGGAACGAGAUUAUUUGCGGAGAUCGGUGAUAAUGGAGGAGAUGCUUCUUCUCUUUCACCUGCAGCGCCCCCUCUGGACACUUAUGUGAAUGAAACGAGUGCUGAGGAAGACGAGAAUGUACUGAAUGAAUUUCUGGCUGAGAUUGAACUCGCUGUGGAGGAGAGACUCCGCGUAGGGAGUAAUUUUAAUCUGGAGUCACCUUCCAUCGAAGCUCAAGGUGUUUAUGCCAUGGAUACAGAAACGAGAUUGUUCAAGAGGAAUAAUUCUUCUGAGAUCGGGGUCCUUUCAAACCCUACCAGCGACACCUGCAGACAGGAGACUGCUCCAAUAAUUGACAUCUCCAUGAAUUUGAAGACCGUCAGCUUAGAAUCUACUCAUGCAGAGGAAUCAGAUAUUGAUGGAAAGAAUUCUAGACUUGGUUCGAACUCAAUAGUUCCUGUAAGCUUCUCUGAAAAUGAAAUGGGUGCUAAUGCAGAAAAUAAUGUACCGGACGAAGCUUUGGUUGAAACCAAAUCAGCUGCAGUGGAAAGACCUUGGGAAGAAUAUAAUUUUCGUCUGGAAUCAUUUCUUGAUGGAACUGGCAAAGGGAAUGAUCUCAUUCAUGCGGAAUUGAGGUCAUUGGACCGCAAUAGUUCUUCUGGGAUAGAGGUUCAGCCGCAACUCAGCAACAUCUGCGGAGAGGAGAUAGGCAACCAAGGAACUGAUACUCCCAUGACCCUAGAGGAACCAAAUUCAGAAGCUACUGUUGUGCAAGAAUUGGACAAAGAUGUUGAAUCUACUUCUACUUUAGUCAUCAACCCUCUGGAUCGUUCUGUAAAUGGAAUGUCUAGUAAGGUCGUCGAAAAUUUGCUAGAUGAAUCUUUGUUUGAAACUGAACCAUGUUUAGAGGAAGUACCGUGGGAAAAAACUAUCUUGGAGGAAAAUUCAGAGGAUCAUAGCCUCCCUGUCUUUCAAUUGCUUCAGGAUUUGUGCCAGGAUGCCAUUUCUGAUAUCAGCCGCGAACAUUUCUCAUCUCAUGAGGAGAUCAAAUCCUUCUUCGGGAUGCCUGUUGAUGAGAAAACAAGCUUCACGGCUGGAGAUCAUCUUAAAGAUGUUCAUACUGGAGCUAUCCAAUCAGAAAGCGUGUUGUCUGUAUCAGGGAAGGUUAACCAUGAAGCCUCCAAGGACCAAGGACUUCCAGAAGCUGACACAACGCUUGAGACAGCGGUUACUUGUGUGGAGUUUAGGCCAGCGGAUCCAGGCCUAGAAGAACUAAAACUGGGGAAUACAUUAAAUGAAGCAGUUCAAAAUUUGGUUCCCUUUAUUAGUUGCGGGCAGGCUGAUGGGGACUACGCUGAGCUUGAGAAUGAAGGAAGUAGAACCAUAGAAAAUGAAGCAGAUGAAAACAAGAACAUCGCAGAUGAAGACAAUCCUGCAGAUGGAGAAGCUUCCCAUGAUUUAUCAGAUGAGUUAACUUCAGAAGAGGGCAGUACUUACAGUGUCUUUAAAUUCCUCAUCCAGGCUAAGGGAGAUAAAAAUGACGGCCAUGUUGAUGUAGAAAACUCUGGGAAUGACCAGGAUGGUGCAAGCUAUCAUCAAGAAUCAGACAAAGAGUCUAUUUUAAAGCAGUCAGAUAAGAUGAUCGACCCCGAAUUUACAACUGAUCAUUUUCACUUAAAAUCCCCCUGUUCUCAGGAUGGUGAAGAGUGUCAAGUCGAAAGGAACCAGUCAUUGACUGGAUCUGUCAGCAUGCUCAAUGGUAGUUCUCAAACCUCUUCACCUGUGAACAUGGGAAGUGAGGUACGUAAUUUUAUUAGUCUGGAGGCUUGGAUUGAUGAUAAUGCAGGAGUAGACACCAAUCAAGAAGAAGAAGACGAAGGUAGUCUGUCAAUUACAGGAGUUCAUACUCUGUCCAAAAGUGACAUCACCGAGGAAAUGCAACAAUCUCGCUUUGAUUCUGUGAGUGUAAGACAUCUUCGUGAAACUGUGACAGAACCUACCAGUCUACAUCGUCAAAUUCUCCCCAGUGAAGCACCCAUCGUUGUUUCUCAGGAAUAUGGAUAUGGUGGACUACAUCAGAAUAAUGAUCUGCGAUUGAGUGACAGGUUUGUGGAAACUCUUGGAACAGCAGACAACGUUACCCUGACAGCCUUGUCAUCUGGGACUCGUAACUCUGUGUCAUCAGAGGAACCAAGACGAGGAAAUGAAGAAAUUGUUUCCAGCUUUGGUCAUCGGUCUGAAGACAGAGCAGGCCACUUCAUUCCAAAAAAAGAGGACAAGGCUGAAUCUUUCUCGCUUCAAAAUACUCUCAUGGACACUCUUCACCGAACAGAUAUUAUUGAAGCCCAUUUGGUCUCGGUUUCAGGUCCGAAUAUCUUCCUCCUUGCUUUCCUUCUCGUAUAAGGUUUUGCAUAUAUCGAUUAAACUCAAUUCACUUAUGUUGUGAAUGUAUGUUUGACUUUAUGCAUUCAAAGCUUCUUUCAAAAAUAUAUCCAGUGGAAGCUGUGCACGCAUGAAGCUCCUCUAUGAGAACCUUGAAAACUGUUGUGUCAGCAAAAGCUGCACUUAUGAAAUCAAAAGCUUUGGGUACACUUCAGAAAAUAUUUUAUGGGUGUGUUGAACGUAAAUGUGGUAUAAAAUAAGGUAAACAGGAGAGCAGGACUCUGUUUUUAGGUGGUGGGGAAAAUCCUCCUUUGAAAUAUGUAUAUAUGAAUAGAUCAUUUCCGGACAUGGGUUGAAGGGCCCCUGAAGGUAUGAUCAAUUAAUAUAACACCCACUAACGAUGAAAUUUUUGUCCCAUCCAGGAGGUAAGUAGAUUAGAAGUUAUGCCGAUGAUACUGUUCGAGGAAACCGGUUAAUGGACCACUUUCUUCCCUGUUCACGUGGAUGUACACAAUAGCAUUUCUCCACCACGCCAAUCAACUCCAAGCAAUCUUACAUUGUUAUGGUAAUACUGUCGACCUAAUGGUUCCAAUCAUAAUUAUGAGCACCAUAUCCCACGUUUAUUCUUCGAACAUGCAGGGUCAUCCAUCUCUUUCUCGAUUAAGAGAUUUUAGUAUUCAUUUCCAUGAAUCUUCUAUCGAUCAUGCAAGGUCAUACUCUAUAGAUUUUUUGUUCUGUCCACUUAGCCUACAUCUGUCGAUUUUUUUUUUUGAAACUUAACCGGCUUUCUCACACGUUGGGAACCCUGGCGAUCCCACUUGUGAGGGAAAGUUCUGACAUUCGUUCUUAUGACUCUUCUCCAUACGAUUUUUUUUCUUAGUGCAUUUAUCUUCUUGCUUAAUUUCACUAAGGGAAAGUUCUGUCUUUCCUCAUUGAAAUGUAGCAUAAUAGAGCAAAUUGUGCUCUGUAAGAUUGACCAAACAUCCUUGAUGUUCACAAAAUCUCAGGGAUAUCAAUUAUCAACCUAUCAGCCAAAGAGGAAUCCUUCCAGUAGUAUCGGCCAUUUAUCCCACCUUCCUCCACAUUUCAUCAAGUGAUCAUGCUAGAGACAAAAGGCAUAACUAUAUGAGCACGAGUCCCGCCUCUUUGAGGAUAUUGUGCAUUGAAGAUCAGGAUGAACCUUUCAUUUGCUACCUUCGCUGUCCUAGUUCUCUUUUACGAAUUCCACAGCCCAAAUGGCCUGUCAAUCUUCAAAGAUGUAUAAAGAGAAGAGCUUUGUUGUAAACUUCAAUUUUCACCCGUUCCACUCAAUUCCUCUGUGCGCACUCUCCCAUUUUGCAGUGGGUGCCCAUCCCUUUCAUGCCUUCUUACUAA